AUGUCUGCUGCAAACUUCAAGACGACCUCCCUGAGCGAGCCAAGUUCUUCUCAGCGCCGAGAAACUGAGGCGAAGCGACUGCGAGCUUGUGUCAAUGCGCUCGUAAAGGUUUCAUUUUCCCUCACCGGGAAUGCAGCCUCGGAGGUACGACAAGAAAUUCUUCAGGACGAGAAGUUUUACAGUCUCUGCCACUCUAUCUCUGCGAUCCGACUCGGCGAACAAUCAACGAAGGUGGUUGACGACGCCAGGAUUUCAUUGCAGGCUCUCCGAGCCCUAGCAGUUCUCGCUCCUCUGCCAGACACUCUGUCCUCCUGCGUGCAGACGCUGGCUGGUCGAGUCUGUGAGAGGCUGGAGAAUCUUUCCAGCAGCGACAAGGCCACGUUUGACUGGGCGUGUAGGAGGCUCCAUGUCGACGAGAGGGUGCAGAGGUUGGCCGGCGAGGCGUUCAAAGAGCUCGCGCUGCCUUUCUCCAUCUCCAUCGGUGACUCGGCAGGAAUCCUGGAGGACGUGGCGAGCUUCGAGGAGCUGAGGAAAGAGAUUCCUUUCAAGGCAGAAAAGCUCCUGACCCGUGACGGACGGCAAGUCCUCGAGAGGAGGGAAACCUGCUGGAUGGCAGAGGAAGGGAUCGGAGGCCUUGCUUACAGCGGCAAGAUCAUGUCGCCGACCCCCUUCACUCCCGCUGUCACUCGUGUGCGCGACGUUCUCUUCGAACGCACCAACGUCAGGUACGACUGCUGCCUCAUCAAUCUCUAUCCCGACGGCGACUCAGCUUGCAAGUGGCAUACGGAUCCCGAUCACGGACGUCUCUGGUCGCUGGAGGCGACAUCCUUCGGAGAGACGAGGAGAUUCAACCUGCGGAGAAUACCAGAGCCCAAGAGUAGGCAGGAGGAGGAGGAGGAGGAGAAGUUCUCCUUCCACGUCUUUGAGGGGGAUACCAUGCACAUGUUUCGUGACUGUCAGGAUACGUUCGAGCACUGUGUCCUGAAGGCAGAGGGCGAACACAACCUUGGACCGAGGAUUAGCAUCGUCUUCAAGAAAGCUCUUAUAUCUCCCUCCGGCAAGUCUUUCUAG